GGAGGGAUGGUAGUGGAUAGUGUUGGGUUGAGAGCUCUUUGGUUCGGCGGCCGUGGGAUGGCGGAUGUGAUUUCUUGACGGCGGCGCGGUUGGAAUUGCGCCUUCGGCCUCCGGUUGCCUGUAAUUGGACCGGCCACCUUCCCCGGACAUGUCUCCGACGUGCCUGCCUUUGGCAGCGGGUGUCGCCGCCGUUCUCCUGUUGAGUUUCUGCUGUACGGUGGCGUCGGCAACCGCCGUGCAAGAUGAGGAGAAAGCGGCCAAGGUGGAUCCAGCAGUGCGGAAAAUAUCUUCACCACAUCCUAUGGAUAAUGUUCUAAGCGAUGAAUCUAUUACCAAAACAAAUCUGGGUUUUAUACAUGCACUUAUUGCAUCCAUAUCGGUCAUCAUCGUCUCUGAGCUGGGUGACAAGACAUUCUUCAUAGCAGCAAUUAUGGCCAUGCGCUACAAUCGCCUGACUGUGCUUGCUGGAGCAAUGCUGGCUUUGGGAUUGAUGACCUGUUUGUCUGUUCUCUUUGGCUAUGCUACUACAAUAAUACCCCGGAAGUAUACGUACUAUGUAUCAACUGCAUUAUUUGCAAUAUUUGGCUUCCGAAUGCUUUGGGAAGGCUUGAAGAUGAGUCCUAAUGAAGGUCAGGAAGAACUGGAAGAAGUGCAAGCAGAAAUCAAAAAGAAAGAUGAGGAUCUUCAACGAUCAAAAGUAGCAAAUGGUCCACAGGAUAUUGAAGCAGGUUCAACAACACAUCAGCCACAAAAGAGGCGAUUGCAUUGUAUUUCUCCAGUUUUCAUUCAGGCAUUGACUCUUACGUUUCUGGCAGAGUGGGGAGAUCGGUCACAGUUAACUACCAUUGUACUAGCUGCUCGGGAGGAUCCCUUUGGUGUUGCUGUAGGUGGGACACUGGGACACUGCCUUUGUACUGGAUUGGCAGUAAUUGGAGGAAGGAUGGUUGCUCAGAAAAUCUCAGUUAGAACUGUGACCAUCAUUGGUGGAAUAGUUUUCUUGGCAUUUGCACUCUCUGCCUUGUUCAUCAGUCCUGACGGCGGGUUUUAACAGGAUGUUUCGGUAUUGUCGACCAAGAUUGCCCAUUUCCAAUCCUGAUUUCUAUUUUUGUAAAUGUACAGAGUAUCUGCACACUGGAGAAGACUUGAUACAGACCUGCGCUUCCUGUAUGUUUCACAUUUUAGCUGCGGAAGGCAGUUUUGAGUUUUUUUCAGUUCAAACAACCUCUGUUUUUUGUACAAAUGUCAAUAAGUAGAUGCCUUGCUGCUUGCAGUAAAAAAAAAAUCGUUAAAGAUGUAUUGGAAAUUUUAACUUGGAAGAGGGACUGUAUUAAAGGAAUUUUCAUAAGGGGAAUCUAAACAUUAACAAUGACGUAAAUGUUCCUACAUUCCUCGUUCUCUGAAAAAUGUUGCUCAGCUAUUCUUCUGUUUAAAGCACUCCUUUUGGUUACUUUGUCAUGGACAUGGUUUGUGCUUAUUCAUGUAAAGAGUCAAUUUAAACUGUCUUCUACCUCCCCCAUCGACCAAAGGGCCUUCAUUGCAUUAUUUGAAGAGAUCAUUUCAUCAAGCAGUACCCAGCUCGUCAAAAUAGCAAGUUUAAGUAAUCCUACGUGGCUGGGAAUGUCAUGUCAAAUUGAGGCUGUUUAAAUGAGUAGCUGGCUCACAGUUAUCAGACUUCUGGUUUAUAACUCUGGUAAUUAAGUUUGUGAGAUGCUUUUUAAUGUGAUCAGCAUUUAAUUUGUAACUUUUAUAUUGAUCUUGCAAAUUGGUCCAACUCAUUUGUUAAUAUUUGAUCUGUACAAUUUUAUAAAUGCUUUCCACUUCACUAAGUUUCCGAUCAGACAACAUGUAGGUCAUCAAUUAACAUAUUCUAAAGGAAUACAGGUAGUGGUUAUGUAUUCUGUUAAAUUCAAAUUAUAAGGAGAUCUGGAAGGAAUUUUUUUUUUUAAAGUUCUUUGCUGCAAUUUACUUUUGAUGUUGGCUGUAUAAAUGGCAAUGAAUGCUAACUUUGUCCAAGGUAGUUUUUGAAACUUAGUCUUUCAACUGCUAAGUCAGAUUUACAAGGUUUUUCAGUGGAGUCGAGCCUAUUUUGUGUGUAAAUGGAGCAGACUCAUUGACAUGGAAUAAGAUAAAAUGAAUACUUUGUUGCAUAACCACUUUCUGCUUUUAGCAUUGUUCUGAGAAGGGAGGUUUUCUGAAUUCUGAAACUGCAAAGUAGCAAGAACAGUCUUAAAAUAGGAAUAAGUAGCAGCAGCAUCAUAAUUUAUUCCAUUGCUGCAUUCCUAUUUGAGUUAAGUAAGCACUUCUGUUUUGUGAUUACUCAAUGGGUAACAACUAUUAGAUUAUCCUUUUUAACAACUAAAUUUAUCCUUCAUCUUAUAAAAUUGUGUGAACAGUAAAAUUAUGCAGCCCACUGAGUAUACAGUUAGCAAGGACCCAAAACAUAUUGCAUGUUUUUAACUGCACAUACUGGGCCAGCUGAGGUACCACUCUGUGGUUUGUUUUGCUAUGAAGAUUUGAAAACUGUUUUCUAUUCAGCUUUUACAGAAAUGUAAUAGAGUAAAAUGGUAUACUUUGAAUGAUUGCAAUUUGAUCUAAAAGCUGGGAUUGCUGUUCUGAAGUUAGACCCUAGAUACUCACUUGCCUGUAAGCAAAUUAACACAUGUCUUGGCGGGUAACUAAGACAAUUUGAUACUGAGCAAAAAAAAUACAAGUAUUGUGUGUAUGAAUAUAUGAAAUCUCCAGCUUAGCAUAUUGAGUAGCAAUACCCAGGAACUGAGAACUUGAAGCAGAAUUUACCACAGACUGCUAAUGGAGGAAUUUACCCUGUGUUCUUUAAAAGUAAAGCAUUAUUUGUAAAAUGUUGUUUAUGACACACUGCUGCCCACCCCACUGGCCACAUUUGGAGAAAUGAUGGUGGGAUUGGGGGAGCCAUCAUUACUUGGAAGCUUAUGAAAUGUUUCAGUGAGGGAAUUGAUUUUUAAUAAGGAUUUUAAUAUUAGCAAGUUAAUCAGUUGCAUUACAAUUGCUUGUCAGAGGAUUAAUAGUACAAUAUUGUUGCUGAACAUCCUACUCAAUCUCUGUCCUGGGAGGAAGAAAUCUGUAAAUUUACCCUUGAUCUACAAUCAUUGACUUUUACUAUAGUACCCUUUUUUAAUUUCAAAAGUUGUGAACCAUGGCAGCAUUUACUUGACAGUUCUGUAGAAAACAACCAAUUUUUUUUUUGCCAAAAUAGGAACAUGAAUUUCUAGUUGCUGUUUAUUCUGGUGCAGCUAAUACAGUUUAUUCGGUGGUACAAAACUACUGGACUUCAGAUCUCAGCACAGACACCACAAUAUAAGAUUUGUCUUCAUUCGUACACAGUAACCCUUGCAAUGAAUAAAGAUCAAGCCUUGUGAGUUAAGAGCUUGGAGAAUUCUCAGUUUUGUGGCCUUCCACCCAUGUGGGAAAAGUGCAAAUGCUGAUAAAUCUUGUAAAUGAUUUGAGAGAUCUUGUAUAAAAUGCAUUUUCUUAAAACUAUCUUAAUUGCAUAACUUGUAACAUUUGUUUUUUUUCUUCCUUGUGCAGUAUCGCAGCGAACCUUUUAGUUUAGUUUGUGUUAAAUGUGAUAACUAUUUAAACUCCCAACAUUCACUUUAAUUGGGAGUCAGAGUAAUUACUUCAUUUGCACUAUUGGAGUAGUUUAUACGUUCUGUAAUAGCGAAACAUUUUUGUCCAAGAUUGUGAAGAAAGCUUUCUUUGGAUUUAAGAAACUAAGACCUUGUACUGAUAAGAAUUUUGCAUUGUAAUCCUUUAUUUAAUCUAUUUUUAAAUUGAAUACUGUUUCAACUUAAUUAUAUUUAUAAUUGGGGUAAUUAACAAAGGAGCAUCAUUUGUUUGUACAUUUCUUCCUUGCAAUAAUGUCUAGGUGUGGUGUAUCUUGCACGCAGUAAGAAUUUGUAUUUAAGUUUGAGUGACUGGGUGUAUUGUAACAAUGUAUUUGCAAUCUGAGUGCAAACUUAAUUUAUGCAGGUAGAUAUUUGUCCAUGUGUGUGGAGUUCUUUGGAAGAAGUAGUGUAUAACUAUUAUAUAUUUAGCACUUGAGACCAAGGUAGAACUUCUACCCAGUUAAUCAUCUUGGCACCAUGUGAUUAAAUCUGGCAAGCAAAAGUAUGCAAUAAUGAGUUCACACCUUAAUUCAUCAAAUUUUAUUUGCCAUGUCGUACAAGUAUGCUUGCAUAGUUAGCUUUUACAAAGCCUUAACAUACUCUAAUUUGAUUCAUGGGAUUUUUCUGGUGUAAAAAUUCGUAUGCAACAGUAGUGAGUCAAUAGCUAUGGGACAAUUGUUGGGUUAACUCAAUACAGGUUGGAACUCUCUGGUCCAGCAUUCUAUCGUCUGGCAUGUUUUGAAUCUUUAGUACAGAUGUAUACUAAUUAACUAAUUCUAACUAAGAUUUAACUAAGAUCUGUACUAGUCUAUAGCUAAUUAACAUACCAGUGCAACUUUUGUGAUCUCAGCUAACAGUGUUACCAGGUUAUGAACAGUCCUUGGAACCCUUGCAUGACCUGGGAAAUAUCUAUACUUAAAACGGUUCCUGCUGGGAGAAAGAUGAAUGGGGGUUGAUUUUCUGUGAUCUGGCACUAGUCAGGUCUCAAGGGUACUGAACUAGAAAGUUUCAACCCGUACAAGUGACUAUGCAGCAAAAGCUUGAUAAUUUAAUUUCUCUUUGUAUUACUGGAGACUUAAAUCUUGUGUGAAAUACAAAAGGCGUGCACACUGAGUAGUAUCAAUGGGGAAUGGUGCUCUGCACUUAAUUUUGGUGCAAGACCAGCAAGAUGUUUACAUUAAGUGCAUUUUAAUAGUAAAACACUUUGAAUUAUUGAUGCA